CACUGCUUGCAGUUCGCAAUAUUUUCAACGCCACCUGCAAUGCUGUCUUCAACCGCUUGGGAAGAAAAGAGGGUGAUCUUCGCGUUGUCCAAAAACAAAGCACAAGAUCCAAGGGAGUACUUCGAGACGCUGAAAAACAGCCCCGAGAUUCCAUUCGACGCGUCCAAGAAGCCUGCUCAGGGUGUUCUGAAGGCACGGCUCUCACUGCCAUCCAGUACACCUGUUUCGUCUGCAAAGAAGCGUGUCAAGGCAUCUAAUGUCUUUGGAUCUAAUGACAGUCAUUUGUCCCGCAAAAAGCGUCCCAAUGCAUCAGAUUUCUUCUAGGAUGCGAGAAGAAACUCAACCAGUCAGCUAGUUCCAUACAUCAUGUUUCAUUUCUGGCACAAAAUAAAUGUUCUGUAUAUUAACA